AUGAAAGAUGAUCAAAAUCUUAUUAAUAAAGGAUAUAAAAUUUAUUAUUGUGAUACUGAUAGUAUUGUUAUUGAUAAACCUUUAGAUAAGAAUUUCGUUGGAGAAGGUAUUGGACAGUUUAAAUUUAUUGCUAAAAUUAAAAGAGGUUACUUUAUUAGUAAUAAAUUAUAUUUUAUGAUUGAUCAAUUUAAUAAUAUUAUUUCUGGAUCUAAAGGAAUUAAUUCUCCUCUAAAUGAAAAUGAUUUUAUUAAUUUAUUAAAUAAUGUUUCUAUUAAUUCUAAAACUAAAUUAUCUAUUAAAAAUGUUGAUGAAGGUUAUGUUAUUAUUACUGAUAGAGAUAUUAAAUUAAAUUAUAAUUCUUUUAAAAAAAGAAUGAAAAUUUAUGAUGAAAAUGGACGCUGA